AUGACCAAGGAACACAAGUUUUGGGAGACUCAGCCCGUUGCGAUCAACGCAUCUAACGAGAGCAUUGCAGUGCUAAAGAACGUACGGAAGACGCCUUUCGAACUUCCUUUCGGCCUAAGAUUCGUUUGUGCGCGGCCUGACGAGUACAAGGAUAUUUACGAGUUUCUGUACAGCAAUUACAUCGAGGAUGGCACCGAUUCGUUCCGUCUCGUUUAUUCAUACGACUUUCUCUGCUGGGAGUUCCGAGGAAAGCGCACGUGUGCGGAUUACUGCGUUCUGGUCAAGGACGAUGAAAAAAUCGUAGGAUUUAUAUUUGCGAAGGAACAUGACGUAGUUAUCAAUGGCAACAAGCUUGUGAUAGUAUCGGUAAAUUACCUGUGUAUACAUAAAACGCUAAGGGGAAAGAAUUUGGCGCCUGUGAUGAUCAAGGAGAUACAGCGACGCGUCAAUCUGAAAGGGAUUAGUAGCGCAAUUUUCACGGGAGCUAUGAAUCUGCCGUUCUCGAUCUGCAGGGUGCAGUACUGGCACAAAAUACUUGAUUGUGAGUACUUGAUGAGCUGCAACUACGUGAACUACUUCGUGAGCUAUGAGCGGUGCAUCAGCAAAAGAUGUCGGCGGGCACAUUCCGGUGAUCUUGCCGAGAUAGAAAGGCUGAAUGGUGAGUUAUCCUCGUUCGCGCUGUUUGAAAAGUUUGAUAGCGAUUUACUUGCGUGCGAUGAAAGUAUCAUGCAGUUUUAUGUGCUUGAGGACUGUGACACGGGCGGUACGCGUCAGAACACGCUGCAAGCGUUCGGCUCAUUCUAUUUUCUGAACUCGCUUGCCACUAAGAGUGGGAAGGAAAUGAAAGCGGUGUGUCUCAUGCACCUUGUAGGUCCUGCAAAAGAGGUACUGCUCAGAGAAAUGAUAGAUAUAGCGUACGAGCAGGGUGCACAUGUGUUCAAUGCGCUGGGAGUUGCAGGCAGAGAGAGCAUGUUUGAUGAUUUAGGAUUUCUCCGCGGAACCGGGUGGCUCAACUACUAUCUCUUCAAUUACAGUACGCUGCCGAUGGUUGGUAGCGAGGUCAGCCUGAUACUUUUCUGAGAGCGGACGGAAAAGAUUCAGAGGAAAGCGGAUGAUUUGAAUUUGAUCGGUGUGCAUGGCACGUUCACGCGUGUUACGCAAGCAUUUGAAUGCCGAGUACCUCGUUUUUGAAUCUUUUUAGUUAAAAGACUGUUUUGCGCCA